UGUAUCAGUCAGUAGUCGUAAAUAUUGUGAAUAAGCAUGAAUAUAUCAAUGUUUAUCGCGCACCUUACCCAGGCCGGCGGACCAAUGGGCGGCGGCGGACAAACCCGCGAAGUAUUCGAUUUGUUUUGGCGCUAAAAGCCUCGGCGCGGAGCGCGGUAAACGUGGGGGUACUCCUGGUGCAGUCAUGUCCGAACAGUGCAGUGAAAAUCCGAUGUUUUCGACGCCCAAACGACGUCCCCGGCGUGAAAUGGGGGGCAUGUCGUUCCAUGGCAGUCCCCCGAUGAAGGACAACACACUGUACCCGUGGAACUGGAGUGAACACGCGUGUAAGGUGGAGACAACCAGCCCCUGCUGCGGCCAUGGAGGUGCCCCUUGUGAAAGCCCUGACCCGCGAGGCUGUGAGUCCCGGAGAGGCCGCCCCCGAGCCGAUGUUAUCAAUUCCCUCAUCAUCGAAGGCGCCCAGUCCCCCAGCAGCAUCAAGUGUCACAUCUGUAACAGAGUCUUCCCCCGGGAGAAGUCCCUACAGGCCCACCUCCGCACCCACACAGGAGAGCGCCCCUACCAGUGCGACUAUCCACAGUGCACCAAGGCCUUCACGCAGAGUGGCCAGCUCAAGACUCACCAACGCCUCCACACGGGGGAGAAGCCGUUCAUCUGUUCCGCGGCAGGUUGUACAUCGAGAUUCACACACGCUAAUCGCCACUGUGCUGAGCAUCCCUACGCCACCCUGCAGAGAACAGCUGACCUGCACAUUGACCCCAAACUGACCCCAGGAGAGAGGACAGAAGAAGUGAUGCGGUGGUUGGACAAAUACCGUCAUGAAAGAAUGGAGCGCACGCCUGCUAAAACUCGCAAGAACAAGAGAGAAUUAGACGGCACUCCAGACACACCACAGACACCCUACACACCCUCAUCGGACUCAGACAUUAUGUCUCCACCGCCUGUCAAGCGCACAAAGUCCCGUCGUGGCCUUGGGCCCCUCAUGGAGCAACAGCAAAACAAACCUGAUAACCGCCAGAUUCCUGCACAUCACCAGCACCACCACCAGAUCCAUCGAAGGGAUGAAAAUGCCUGUUUGUUUCCUGCUGGGUAUGGUGCAGAUGAAAACGAAAACAAGUUCAAUGAGGGCCAUAGACCACAGCGACUCCUGCCAGCCUCACCCAUGCUCUCCCGGGUCCUGCGAAACACCGAAAAUCUUCAGAAUCCUAUCAAGAACCCCAGUUACCAUGGCUUUGACAUUGAUGGCAUCAAGCCCUUGCUGGAAGAGGAGGAUAGAGUGCUAAUGCCAAAUGUGGUAACUCAGACUCUGCCUUCCACACAAGAUGGUCCCCAUUUGACUGUUCAAGACCCAGAGGUGGUACUGGCCUUGCCAUUCCCUAGGCACAUGACUCUGAAUGCAACCCAGUUGAGUGUACCUCCUGACCAGGUGUUUGAGGAUAACCAGGUUUCAGAUGUAGCUUGGCAUUGUCCAGAAGUGUCAAUUAAAGUAGAGGACCCAAUAAAUAUAGAGGGUCAACUUGCACCAGUGGAGUUCAGUGAUAAGAUUGAUUCAUGCCACUUUGAGUACCUUCACUCAGUGGUGCUCUCCCUGCCAGAACAGGCACAUCCUCCUGACAUUGAAGAGGAUGCCCAGAAGCAGAUGCCAGCAGAUGACUCCUCUCCACAGAGUGACAAGUCUCCCCAUGAGGAGUCUGAGGAGUGGAAAAUGAGGCAACCCAAGAAGAGAUGGCUUCGAGAAGCACGGCUGGAGCAGGGAGAGCUAGAGGUGCCCUCAGCACCCUUGGUGGAGGCAGAUGUUCAGGCCCGGCCCUCUGUGGUGGUGAAGGCUUCCAACCAGCCCUUUAAUCCCAUCGUGACCCAACCCAAGACUGGAGAGACCAAAGAGAAGUGGAUGGGUGCCAUGGCCCUCAUCCAGCUGGCAGAGGUGCCGGAUGAAGGGUCACAGCCACUCAACCUCUCCACAGCACGCUACACCAUGCUUUAAUGUCCAUUUCCCCCGUUGCUUCUCUGCUUGUGUACCAUACCAAAAAUUACGAGCCAUGUCUGGUACCACAGGGACCAGUUACACUCGCAGGAAUAGUUCCAGCUUGUCAACUUUUCGUUGCUGUUCAUCUCUUUACUGCUAGUCGUGUACGCAAUCAGUAACAAAACGUGAAAUUGCUUCUUUAUGCUUUAUCAUAGAUAUAUAUUUUGCUUGUUACUUUUCAGUGUUUGAGUUGUGCUGAUCACUCCUGUACAGAGAGCUGAAUCUCCUGAAAAUGUGAGCUGGGUUUGUGAGAAUUUUGUUGAUGAAUUAACCUUGUACCUGGAACAUACCUUUAUUCAGAUAUUAGCGGACUUAUAUUAUAUUUGAUUAUUAUCUGUUUAAAGGUACGUAACCUAUAGUUACUACUAAAGAACUACUAUAUGAUGUGGUGUAUAUAGAGGAAAUUAGCUUUAUAUUGAUUUUAUUAGGAGUAGAUAUCCAGUCAUUGUAAAUUAAAACAUUUAUUUACC